GUGUCUCAGUGUCGCACAAGAGACAUUAUUUAAAGGCAGAGAGAAGGUGCGGUGGAAACUAUAGAGACAAAUAGAAACGACGAAAGCUGAAUAGCGAAUUGCGAGCGAGAGUGGAUUGAUAAAAGGCGGUGGGUGUCAGGUACGUAAAAAAGUAGACAAACAGGUAGAGGUGUAGGCGGCAGGAAAUGAAGAACUGCACGGCGGGCUGCACGCCUACCACAAACACAGUCAGACAGGCAAGUUAUAUAGUGAGUCGCACAGCCAAACACCCACAACUUACCAGACACUUACCGCAGCCACUGCCGCCCUCUCGUUCACCAUCACAGCCCUCCAACCCCACCUCCACAACCCUUCCGCGUAACAACCACCUUCAUCACCACGACGGCAGAAAAGAAAACAGAAGAAGAAAAAAUUAUCUCCAUUCCCUCGGCACGACGACGAAGCAUCCUACGAGGACCCCUCCACUUCCACGCACACACCCCCCACCACCGGCCGCGCAACCCGUCGACGUAACGCAGAGGGCGCGCACCCUGCGGCGGCGUCGUAGUCGUCGUCGUAGACAAUAUUUUUCUGUGCCGGGCAUUGCAUCGAGAUCUCCGAGGCCGGCCGACGGGCGCCAAGCGUCGAGAUGUGGCGCGAUGCGUCGCGUUUCGCCCUAUACUACCAGUAUAGGCUGAAAAAAUAAAAUUGCAAAAGAGGAAAAAGCGCCCGCGGAGCGGAGCCGCGACGCAGCGCGCCGACGGGACGCGCGGCGCGGCUACGUACUUACAUUGGUUUGCUUUGGGCUGGCCCCGAGGUCCGAGAGGGGAUGAGGGGCUUGGCGAACGGGCUUGGUGGCGGUGGUAGCACUUGGUGUUGAAGGGAAGUUGGAGAUGGGCGUGC